GUUCUUCUUUCUUUCAACUGUGGAAUAAAACAUGGGAAGGGGAAAGAUAGAGAUAAAGAAGAUAGAAAACACGACGACGAGGCAAGUGACGUUCUCAAAGAGAAGGAACGGACUCCUGAAGAAGACCAAGGAGCUCUCUGUCCUCUGUGACGCCCAGAUUGGACUCAUCGUCUUCUCCAACACUGGCAAGCUCUUCCACUACUCCUUUCACCCCUACAGGAUGGAUCAAAUAUAUGAUAUAAACAUGCAAAUUUUAUGGAAGAAGAUUUUUCCAGCACUCUUUGCUCUUUACUAUGAAGAUUGGCUACCUGAGGUCCUGAACAGGCUUAACAUUAAACAACUGGCAAGACCAUUGCAUCUGAGGCUUUGGUUUUUCUAAAUGUUAUUGCAGAAUUUCAUUGUGUAUGGUUAUGCUUGGACCAAAAUGACCGAUGAAGAAUUAAGGAAAAUGAUUAGCAGAACUUUAACAUGUAGAAUUGACAAGAGGAAAAGUUGUGAAGACAAAAUGGAUCAAUUCUUGAAAAGAUGUUUUUACCAUUCUGGUCUGUAUAACUCUGAGGAUGAUUUUUCAGACUUGGACUCCAAGCUGAAAGAAAAAGAGGGUGAAAAAGAUUCAAACAGGCUAUUUUAUUUGUCAAUACCUCCAAAUAUAUUUGUGGAUGUGGUGAAAUGUGCUAGCCUCAAAGCUUCUUCAAGAAAUGGCUGGACAAGGGUUAUUGUCGAAAAGCCAUUUGGCCGCGACUUGGAAUCAUCAAGUGAGCUAACAAGAUGUCCCAAGCAGUACCUAGCUGAAGAACAAAUAUUCAGGAUUGACCAUUACUUGGGGAAGGAGCUUGUGGAGAAUCUAUCAGUGCUUUGUUUUUCAAAUCUUGUUUUUGAACCUCUAUGGUGCCGGAACUACAUUCGAAAUGUGCAGCUAAUAUUUUCAGAGGAUUUUGGAACAGAAGGAAGAGGAGGUUAUUUUGAUAACUAUGGAAUCAUUCGCGAUAUAAUGCAAAAUCACCUUCUGCAAAUACUAGCCUUGUUUGCAAUGGAAACUCCUGUGAGCUUGGAUGCCGAGGACAUCAGAAAUGAAAAGGAGAAGGUUCUUAGAUCAAUGAGACCAAUUCAGUUAGAAGAUGUUGUUGUUGGUCAAUAUAAGGGCGUGCUUUUCAUUGACAAUGCAAGAUGGGAUGGAGUUCCUUUUCUCAUGAAAGCUGGCAAGGCUCUCCAUACUAAACGAUAUUAA